AAGCCUCUUUCCCCUUAAUUCUAUUCUAAGUGCAAGUUUUUGAAGAAAUAUCCGUUCCUUCUCCUUCCUUAUAACUACCCGUCUCCCCCCACAUCAGAAUCUCUCUCUAUUUGGUUUAUUCUUCAGUAAUCAUAACCACUUCAUCAUAUAUAAAGUCAUGAUCAAUCUACGAAAACCCUAAUUCACACCAUACAUAUAAGUACUCAUCUCCUACAUAUAUCACUUCAUCAACAGACCGACACGUAAUUUAUUUGUUCAAAUGUGCACCAGAGGCCACUGGAGGCCCGAGGAAGACGAAAAGCUCAAGGAAUUGGUGGCAAAGUUAGGCCCUCAUAACUGGAAUACCAUCGCCGAGAUGCUUCAUGGGAGAUCAGGAAAGAGCUGUCGGUUGAGAUGGUACAAUCAACUAGACCCAAGAAUAAACCGGUGCCCUUUCACAGAAGAAGAAGAGGAAAGGCUUCUUGCUUCACAUAGAAUUCAUGGCAAUAGGUGGUCUAUCAUAGCCCGUCUAUUUCCUGGUCGCACUGACAACGCAGUGAAGAAUCACUGGCAUGUAAUCAUGGCGAGAAGAUCACGCGAGAGAUCUAAGCUUCAGCCAAAGCAGUCCUCUAUAUCUCCAGAAUCUCAUGUUAUACGGAAAGAAAGGAAGGAGAAGAUGAACUUUGAAUUUCCAAAAGGGCUUUUAUUUUCAAGCUUGAUAGGUGGUAGACAUGGCGGAACUCUGUGUGGUUUUAAUCAUCCUAUUUCUCAAAGCCAAGGGGAAUAUAGCUAUUGGCCUGUAAUUCAUGAAGCAGAAGGAGAAACAAGUAGGGAGAGCUCGAUCGAGUUCUAUGACUUCCUGCAAGUAAACAGUACUGAUUCUAAUGAAACUGGAGAGUGUUCGAGGAGAGAGGAUGAGGGAGAUCAGCAUGAGAAAGAGCAGCAGAGCGAAGCUGGAGUUUCUUUCAUAGAUUUCUUGGCUGUUGGAUUUUGACUGGACUUUGCAUGGCGAUUGCUGGCGGUGGUAGGAAAUAUAAUUAUACUUUUUUCUUAAUUUAUUCAAACAGAUGUCAUACAUGGUUAAGAUCCUAACAUUGCUAGAACUUAUAUUAUAUAUGUAUAUAUAUGUACAAAAUGCUGCGCUAUAUAUGCGCAUUUGGGUUGAGGGAUUCUCAAGGAAAAUUGAGAGUUGGCCUCAGAACGCAAACUUCCUUCACAGUCUUAGAUUUU